CUGACUUCCGAUUUUCUCAAAGUUGCUAAGCUAGCCAGUAAGUAGCUGCGGUGAGCACGUUUGCAGUGUAACCGGCAGUGGACUGAUACAUUAAAGCGAGAAAGUGAUUGAAGAUAAUUGUAAUCAAACCCGUUGAGCGUUUUACUCCACGUCGCCCAUUUCUUUGUCUCAGCCAUGGCAAUGAGACAGACCCCUCUCACUUGCUCUGGACACACUAGACCAGUUGUGGACUUGGCAUUUAGUGGAAUAACACCCUAUGGAUAUUUUCUGAUAAGUGCAUGCAAAGAUGGCAAACCCAUGUUGCGACAAGGGGACACUGGGGACUGGAUUGGGACGUUCCUAGGUCACAAGGGAGCUGUUUGGGGAGCCACUCUGAACAAUGAUGCCACAAAGGCAGCAACCGCAGCAGCAGAUUUUACAGCUAAAGUGUGGGAUGCAGUGUCAGGAGAUGAAGUCCUCACCCUGGCACACAAGCACAUUGUCAAAUCUGUGAACUUCACACUGGACAGUAAUCACCUGUUGACGGGGGGAAAUGAUAAGAUGUUGCGCAUUUUUGACAUGAGCAAGCCAGAUGCAGAGCCACAAGAGAUUGCAGGCCACCGUGGUGCCAUAAAGAAAGCUUUGUGGUGCAACAAUGAUAAACAAAUGUUAUCUGCUGCAGAUGACAAAACUAUACGGCUUUGGGACAGGAGCAGUACGGAGGUGGUGAAGAGCCUGUCCUUCGAGGCGUCGGUCAGCAGCAUGGAGUACAUGCCUGAGGGAGAAAUUCUGGUCGUCACUUACGGCAAGACCAUCGCUUUCUACAACGCCCUCAGCCUUGACCUGAUCAAAACCGUUGACGCUCCUGCCUCCAUUCACUCUGCCUCACUUCACCCAGACAAGGACUUCUUUGUUGCCGGUGGAGAUGAUUUUAAAAUCUACAAAUAUGACUACAGCACUAAGGAGGAACUAGAGUCAUAUAAGGGCCACUUUGGGCCGGUCCAUUGUGUUCACUUUAGUCCAGACGGGGAGCUCUAUGCCAGCGGCUCAGAGGAUGGAACACUCCGCCUGUGGCAGACAGCCGUGGGUAAAACCUACGGCCUGUGGAAAUGCGUGCUGCCAGAGGAGCUGAUCUCAGACAACUGUGAUGUCUCCUACCCAGCUACACCUGAAAUAAAGGCCUGAGGUCCAGGACCCAACAACAGAGUUCCUCCAAGAGGAGGGAGGAGCCAGUUGGUCUACACACAACUUCUGGCAGGGUCCCUAUCCACUAUCCCUAAAUUGGGACUAAUGUGGGGAAGAGAUUAACUUUGAGUCCUAACACACACGCUAUGUCUGUCAGUGCUCAUCCUAUUGCAGAUUUUACUCAAUUUUGACGAUGUGACCAUGCAGCCUGAUCUGGUUUUUCCAUUAGGAAGUAUUUGGGCUUUAUUUGCCAAGCAUCAGAUGUUAGUUUUUAUCAAUAGUAUAUGGGAGAGAUGUUAACAUUGAGAAAAUACAUCUUAGUACUUUGCCUCUUUAUUCCUAUUUUGCAAGUGUUGCAGCCAUUUCAUUGUUAAAUUAAAGAAUGUUAACAUGCUGUC